AUGGCGGUCCAAGACGAUGGGAGAGCUUCGGCGACAGGUGCGCAACAGGGUGAUGUGAGGAGACGGAAUGUUUCUGGCCAACCUAACGGGAAUUAUAUCCCCAAGGAGUUGGAUGACAAGAUCGAUGAGAAGACCAAGGAGAAGGCCACCUCCUUCCUCCAAACCCUCGACAUAUACGAACCCCUCAUCGCCAUCCUCAUCUUCACAGCGGCCGCCUUCUUCACCCGUAUGUGGAAGAUCGGCAUCUCCAACAUCGUAACCUGGGACGAAGCCCAUUUCGGCAAAUUCGGCUCCCACUACCUCAAACGCGAAUUCUACUUCGAUGUCCACCCGCCUCUUGGUAAGAUGCUGGUGGGUCUGUCGGGCUACCUGGCAGGCUACAAUGGCUCCUUCGAGUUCAAGUCCGGCGAGGUCUAUCCUGAUGAGGUCAACUACACCUUCAUGCGACUUUUCAACUCGGCUUUUGGUGCGCUGUGUGUGCCCCUGGCUUAUUUGACGGCGAGGGAGUUGAAGUUUAAGAGGAGUACGGUCUGGUUGGUUACACUUAUGGUGUUGUGUGAGAACAGCUAUACGACUAUCAGCCGAUUCAUUUUGCUGGACAGUAUGCUUUUGUUCUUCACCUUCACCACAGUGUUCACAUGGGCGAAGUUCCACAACCAGCGACAUGAUCCUUUUGGACCGGAGUGGGCACUCUGGCUGAUGCUGAGUGGUGUCUCGAUCGGAUGUGUAUGCAGUGUUAAAUGGGUGGGUAUGUUCGGUACUGCACUAGUUGGACUCUACACGAUUGAGACGCUGUGGAACAUGUUCGGCGAUCUCAAGAUGCCAAAGGUCACUCUGGCCGCGCAUCUCGGCUUCCGAGUCGUGGGUCUGAUUUUAAUCCCGCUUGUGGUUUACAUGUUCAACUUUUACCUACACUUCCUCAUACUGGAGAACAGCGGCCCUGGCGACGCGCAGAUGUCAUCUCUCUUUCAGGCCAACCUCAGGGGUACAGAAGUCGGCAAGGACAGUCCUCUUGAGGUCGCAUUCGGCUCGCGCGCCACACUGAAGAACAUGGGUUACGGAGGUGGACUCCUGCACUCACACGUCCAGACGUAUCCCGAGGGCUCUGGCCAACAGCAAAUCACCUGCUAUCACCACAAAGAUGCGAACAAUGACUGGUUCUUCUACCCGAACCGACAUGAGCCCGAGUUCGACGAGAGCGCAGACCUCAAGUUUGUUGGUGACAAGGACACCAUUCGCCUCAUCCACGCACAGACCGGCCGCAACCUGCAUUCUCACCAAGUCGCUGCGCCGGUGACCAAGGCCGACUACGAGGUAUCAUGCUACGGCAACACCACAGUUGGUGACACCAAGGACCACUGGAUUGUUGAGGUUGUUGAUGAUGCCGCAUCAAGUGACUACUCGAAAGUCCGCACACUGACAACGGCCUUCCGUCUCAAGCACGCCGAUCUCAACUGCUGGCUUCGUGCUGGCAACGUGAACUUGCCACAAUGGGGUUUCAAGCAGAUUGAGACCUCCUGUGUCAAGGAGAAUCAUCCUCGCGACCCAUACACCCACUGGAACGUCGAGUCGCACUGGAACGAGAAGCUCCCCGCCGGCGACCCAGGCUCUUACAAAUCCCCCUUCCUCCGCGACUUCGUCCACCUCAACGUCGCCAUGAUGACCUCCAACAACGCCCUCGUCCCAGACCCAGACAAACAAGACGACCUCGCCUCCAAGCCCUGGCAAUGGCCACUCCUGAACGUCGGUCUCCGCAUGUGUGGCUGGGACGACCACAUCAUCAAGUACUUCCUCCUCGGCAACCCCCUCGUCUACUGGGGCUCCACGGCCUCCCUCGUCUUCUUCGUGGGCAUGAUCGCCUGGUACGCCAUCCGCUGGCAACGCGGCUUCGACGAGCUCACAUGGGAGCAAAUCGAGUUCUUCCAUUACGCGGGCGUCUACCCCGUCAUCGGAUGGUUCUUGCACUACUUGCCCUUCCUCGCGAUGGCUCGUGUGACUUAUGUGCACCACUACUACCCGGCGCUGUACUUCGCCAUCUUGUGCUUCGGCUUCUGCUUUGAUUGGUACACCCGCGACGCACCGAAGAAUCUGAGGUGGGGGGCUGCGGCUGUGUUGUAUGUGGGGACGAUUUAUCUGUUCUGGUUGUUUAGGGCGAUAUGCUUUGGGAUGGAGGGGUCGCAUACGCAGUGGAAGCACUUGAAGUGGCUGGACUCGUGGAAGAUGACGGAUUAA